UCAUAAAAAUUAUUUUCUACUACUUCGAGGAAGUACUAUUUUGUUCUACUUUUCUUUCGAGGCGCGAUGGCCGUAGUAAUCGACCCCCAGAAGUACAAGGUGAAGGAAAUAAACAAUUGAUAAUGGUUAUACCUUGUGCUGUCAGCGCUGCGAAAGCUGUCGGCACCGCGGGGUCGGCAGGUGCUACGGCUUUGGGGAUUGGGAUGGGGAAAUCGGACAUGGACCAAAGCCGAGAUCUCUUCAAACAACAGAUGAGACAGACAAAACGAUUGUGGACGGCAGAUUGGGCCGAGGCUUCGGUUCGCCACGGGGAGACAAUGAUGCAAACAGCUCAUCAUCACUCCGAGGCACAGGCAAUGGCUACAGCGUCUUACUAUCAAGCAGAAAAACUAGCUGGGCAAGGGAUUAAGCUGGCAAGAGAUCAAGAUUCUCGGUCGUACGAAAUGGCUUGGCGCUCAGAAGUCAGAGAAUCGUUGCGGGACGAACUUUGUAACCAAAACAACCGAUUCAAUAUGAUUAUGUUGUGUGAUACAGUCUGCUUAGGGUGCGUCUUUACUAUAGCUGUCGAAACUCCGCCGGACGGAACAUCUUCUCUGUUGCUUACCUUGUACGUUUCAGGUCUUGGAUUAAGCAUAAUGCUCUUUUCGAUCAGUCUUUGGGGGGCAGUAAUCAUGGUGCGUCGACUACACGACAAUACGGCGGCCCGAUUGGAGCGGAAACUAUUUGUGCAAAGUGAGGACUUGCAGAAAGCAUGGCAACAGCAAGUGACCAAAAACUUGCCCACUGGUGCCCAUGAAAUCUAUCUUGUGCACCAAGCAUAUGAGAAAUGGGUGAGUACUCGAGUGCAUUUCGCGUCCAUAAAUCGCUUCCCUAGAAAUGAAACGAGAGCCCAUUACGGAAUUGCAUCAUCUCAAUCUCUGACGUUUUGUCAUUAUUAUUCCUGCUGUGAUUUUGUGACAAGGUUGUGGAAUAUAUUGAUCCAAUCGGGAAAAUGUCGAUUGAAUUGCUAUCGUUCGGCAUUAUAGCUAUGUUUAUUACGGCUGGUGUUCUGAUCCAUAGCACAUAUCUUAUUGAAUUCGAUAACUCCUCAUUUGUCAUUCACAUAUUUUGGUCUUGUGUUGCAGUCACUUCAACUGUUCUUCUGUUAAUGAAAUCUUCCGAGGACA